GCAGCAUCUCCAUUUAUCUCACCUAAUAUGAUAUUUGGUUCAGCCUCUAUAAAUUAGACCAUCUUCUCACAGAAGAAGAAGAAGAAGAAGAAGAAGAAAUGGGUGGAAAUGGCCAUGAACAGGUGAUGAAGUCUAGAGUUGUGAAAGUAGAGUCAGAGGAGUCAUGGGAUUUCUUCAUCUCACAAGGCUGCCCUGUUGUGGUUCACUUUACAGCUUCCUGGUGCAUGCCCUCAGUGGCCAUGAAUCCUUUCUUUGAAGAACUAGCCUUGACCUAUCAAGAUAUUCUGUUUCUUACAGUGGAUGUGGAUGAGGUUAAGGGGGUGGCUAGGAAGAUGGAGGUGAAGGCCAUGCCAACAUUUUUGUUGAUGAAGGAAGGAGCUCAGGCUGAUAAGCUUGUGGGUGCUAACCCAGAUGAGAUCAGGAAAAGAAUCAAUGCCUUUAUUUACUCUAUUCGUGCUUCCAAAACCUAGCUAAAAUAUCUACAUCUUUAAGGUCUUUGAAGGCUUCUUUUUUAGUAUUUUUUUUUUCAUUUUAAAGCUGCAUAUGUGAGCUUGUAGCUUCUUUAAUUUCUGGGUUUUGAGUUGCUUGUUGGAAGAAUAUGUGAUUGUUUUAUAAGUACUUCUAUUAUCCCA